AUGGAUAUAGAAACUGUUAUUCAGACAGGAACUGCAGAGAGGUUGGCAUCUGACAUGUCUACAGCGGGUUCCCUGAGAAGCACAGAGCUAGUAGCUCCUCCGAUGGGUCAACCAGGGGGUCAAUCCCAGGUGAUGAAUGUUCAUCCAGCCAGCCAGACAUCCAAUCGGUCACGUCAAGGAGCUCGGAGGGAAAGGCCAGUAGGAAGUGUUCAGGCUGAUCUACAUGUACAUGUAGAUGUCCCACCAUAUCAGAAGUCGUGUAUUCAACAGCCCAUUGGCGAGCCUCCCAUUGAAGCUAGAUGUUUCCCGUUUGCCGGUGGCCAAGUCGGAAGUGGCCAUGCAGGCACUGUUGAUGAUACUGAUAAUAACAAGGGAAACAACGACCAGCUGACAUCUCUCCAACAUGACUCGGGGAGCAAUCGGGAUGAUAUUUCCUUCAGUGGUCUUUCGGCACCGCCUGAGAUCCUUGCUCGGGGGGGGAGAGCACGGCGAGCGUAUGCCAAAGCAGCUCAAGCUGGCACAAAGAAAGUAUUCCGAACGCGUCUGAUGCUUGUGGGACAGGAACGUGUCGGAAAGACAAGUCUAAAGAAAACUCUUACAGGACAAGGAUUUGAUAAAAACGAGGCAAUAACAGAGGGUGUAGAAACAACAAACUCUUGUGAAAUUAACAUCGAGGUUGCAAAGGCCGACGGGAAAAUGUGGUCAAUUCACAAGAAAGAGGAUGAAUAUAGUAAAGCUAUUGCGAAUGAUAUAGCAAAGAGGCUGAUCGUUACCCCACCACAGGUGAUUAUCAUCUCCAUACAGUUAUUGUGUUUCUAA